UUAUGCUUAUGGUUAUGAGUUUUAGAGUGAGUUUUGACUCGUGUGUUACAAAUUUCUAAAUAGAUAAUAAUAAAUUAUUUGAGAAGCUGCAAAUGUUUCCGUUAUGUUAUUAACAUGGAUGUCUUUUUUCCUUUGAUAUAAUAAACUAGGAUUUGCACACUUUGUGAGAGUUGUUUAGCAUAUUCAAUUUCAAUAUAAAUAAUAAAUAACAAACGUAAAGAUGAAUGUGUUACCUGCUCAACCGAUUGGAAUUCAGAGCACAGCAGGAGCUGUUCCUGUUCGAAAUGAAAAAGGUGAAAUAUCUAUGCAAAAAGUAAAAGUGCAAAGAUAUAUAUCAGGUAAAAGACCAGAUUAUGCCCAAGGUGUCUCAUCUUCUGAAGAAUCAGAUGUAGAAGAUUUUAUAGAACAACAAAGACCCGAACGAAAACAUCAGAUUGCUCAAAUUAUCACCAGAAAAGAAGAUUUGCACAGUGAUUCAGAUACUGAAAAAGAUGAUCCUCGCUUACGUCGUUUACGAGUCGCGGCACACUCACCCCCACGUCGUGCUGAACAUAAACCUGAAAUCAUUGAUGCGGAACCAGAACCAGAGUCAGAGUCUAGUGAAGAAGAAAUAAGGCAUAGUUCAGAAAGUGAGGAUGAAUUAGAUGAAGAAGAAAUUGAACGACGUCGACAAGCUGUAAAAGCUAAACUUGCUGCUAGAGAAGCAGAAAAGGAGGUUCUUGGAAGAGAUGAUGAUGAAGAAAUGUUGGAUGGUGACCGAGAAGAGAGUGGUUCGUCGGACACAGAGUACACAGAUAGUGAAGAAGAUACAGGUCCUAGAGUAAAACCUGUAUUUGUGAGAGCCUCAGACCGGAUGACAGUGGCCGAAAGGGAACGUAAACAGAAACAACAGAAAAAAGAAGAGUCAGACGCUAGAAAAGAAAAAGAGGAAAGGAGAAGAGAAGCACUGAAGUUAGUUGAAGAGACGAUUCGCUCAGAACAAAGGAAUACACAGUCAGAAAAUAAGGAAGGUAAUAUUAACGACAUCUGUACGGACGACGAAAACGAUGAGUUGGAAUAUGAAGCGUGGAAGUUGCGUGAAAUGAAACGUAUCAAGCGCGACAAGGAAGAGAGAGAAGCGAUCGAGAAAGAGCUGUUGGCGGUCGAGCGCAUGCGCAACAUGACUGAGGAAGAAAGGCGCGUCGAGCAACGGCUCAAUCCUAAGCUGGUCACUAACAAGUCCGUUAAGGGCAAAUACAAGUUUUUACAAAAGUAUUACCACAGAGGUGCUUUCUACUUGGAUAAAGAGGAAGAUGUGUUUAAGCAAGAUUUUUCUGGACCAACAUUGGACGAUCACUUUGAUAAGACAGUUUUACCAAAGGUUAUGCAAGUGAAGAAGUUCGGUAGAUCAGGUCGAACCAAGUACACACAUUUGGUCGAUCAAGACACUACUGAGUUUGAUUCAGCUUGGAGCAAUGAAGGCUCAGCUGCGCGACUUGCCAACUUCCGUGGAGGUAUGAAGCAAGUCUUCGACAGACCGUCGGCUAAAAGAAAACAUAUUGCGUAAUUUAAAUUAUCAUGUAAAAUAAAGGUUUCUAUGAAUACGAA